AGAGAGAGAGAGAGAGAGAGAGAGAGAGAGAGAGAGAGAGAGGUUCACCACUACUAUGGGAGCACUGACAGAGGUGGUGGUGGUGAUGGUGAUGGUGGUGACGUCCAGUCUUCUCAGGUGUGCACAGGCAGAACUCCUCUGGCACAACCUUUUUGGACCCGCAGCAGGAGAAGGCCCGGAGAGGUGCGCCUGUUCAUGUGGUCUGCCCAACCGCCGCGCCAAGAUCGUGGGCGGCAACUUUGCGGAAUUCAACGAGUACCCGUGGCAGGUGGCGCUGCUGUACAAGGGCCACUUCUACUGCGGCGGCACUCUGAUCAGCGACCGCUACGUGCUGACAGCCGCGCACUGCAUCAGGGGCGUCAGCAUUCACAAUCUGCGCGUGACGGUCGGGGAACACAUCCGCAGCUUCCCGAUCGAGACCCGCAGCAAGGAGUACCAGCCAGUGUAUUCCAUCUUCCACCCGGAGUUCAACAAGACCACCUACAACAACGACAUCGGCCUCCUCAAGCUGAGCCAUAAAAUCAACACCUACAUGUGGUUCUCGCGUCCCGCCUGCCUCCCGCUGCCUGACACAGACUAUGUGGGAGAGCUGGGCAUUGCCACAGGAUGGGGCCGCAUCUCGGAGAAAGGGGAGCCCACCGACACCCUGAAGGAGGCUCUGGUGCCCAUCUUCCCCAACGCCGUGUGCCAGGCACUGCGUUACCGCCCCUACGAGAUCACUGACAACAUGUUCUGUGCUGGAUACAUCAACGGUGGCACAGAUUCUUGUCACGGUGACAGUGGUGGUGGUCUCAUGUGGGAAGGCUCUGAUGGCAAGAUGGAUGUGGUGGGUGUGGUGUCAUGGGGCCAGGGAUGUGGCCGCCAUGGCUACCCAGGGGUCUACACCAGAGUCACCCGGUACUUGGACUGGAUACACCACCACACCCGUGACAGCUGCUACUGUGGCCGGAGGAGAGGAAAGUUGCCGGGGAACCUGCUGGGGGGAUGA